CCUGACAACUGCUUCAAAUACUUUAGUGUUAUCGUCCGUGAUUCAGUUUUUAAAAUCCAGAAACUGCCAUGGUGAACCGUUAGUCGACUUGUCUAUCGAACCUAUAAAUGCAAGAAAGUUCUGUUACUUCAAAUUCCUUAUUCAAAUUUCUGCUAAAAAUCUCGAUUUGUGAGCAACUACUUUAUAGUUCACAGCCGGCAUUCUUGUUGAUAGUUUGUUGAACCCAUGUUAUCAACGAAAUUGUUAGAUUGAAAAUCUAUUAUCAUUAGGUGUUCAAGUGCAUAGUCAACAGACAUUCUACAUUGUUCGAAAUCAACUUCCGUAUAAUAAAAAUGUCUUUGAAAUUUGGUGUUCUUAUACUUUUUUGUUCGACAACUUACGUGCAAUCUUUGGACAAUGGACUGGCUCUAACACCACCAAUGGGAUGGAUGCACUGGCAAAGAUUUAGAUGUUUAACAGAUUGUGUUGCUUAUCCAGACGAAUGUAUAAGUGAGAAACUUUUCCGUACAAUGGCUGACCACUUAGUAUGUGACGGAUAUCUGGAAGCCGGGUAUGAAUAUAUCAUUAUUGACGAUUGUUGGGCAUCAAAACAACGAGACAACGACAGUAGACUGCAACCGGAUCCAGAGAGGUUUCCUAACGGCAUAAAGGCUUUGGCAGAUUAUAUUCAUGACAAAGGACUAAAGUUUGGAAUUUAUGGCGACUAUGGUACAAAAACCUGUGCAGGUUAUCCUGGUAGUAUAGACCAUUUAGAACUAGACGCACAAACUUUUGCAGAAUGGGGAGUUGACUAUUUAAAACUAGAUGGAUGCUAUGCCGACCAAUCUACAAUGGAGGAAGGAUAUGCGAAAAUGGGGCAUUAUUUAAAUUCGACUGGUCGCCCAAUAGUUUAUUCAUGUAGUUGGCCAGCUUAUCAAGAACCUUUAGGAAUUAAGUCAAACUACACAAAGUUGGCAGAAACAUGUAACUUAUGGAGAAACUGGGACGAUAUAGAUGACGCAUGGUCUAAUGUAACAAAUAUUCUCAAUUGGUUCAGUAAAAAUCAAGAUCGUCUUGCUAAAUUUUCCGGACCAGGUCAUUGGAAUGAUCCUGACAUGCUAAUUAUUGGAAAUUUUGGUCUCAGUUACGAACAGAGCAAAGCCCAAAUGGCGAUUUGGGCUAUAAUGGCAGCACCUCUAAUUAUGUCAGUAGAUUUAAGAAGUAUUGAGCCACAGUUCAAAAAUAUCCUGUUAAAUAAAGAUAUUAUUUCAAUAAAUCAGGAUCCUUUAGGGAUACAAGGACGUUUGGUUUUAACGAAAAAUAAAAUAGAUAUUUGGACAAAACCAGUAACUCCAAACGUAGAUGGAAGCGAUUCUUACGCAAUCGGAUUUCUGAGUAAUAGGGUGGAUGGAUAUCCAUACAGGCUCAAUUUUACACUUUCGGAAUUAAAUUUGACUCAUGAUUCUGGAUAUGCUAUAAGAGAUCUAUUUGACCUUUCUGCUGAACCCACUGUUACAAAUAUUGAUGAGAUAGUCUUCAUUAGAAUAAAACCAUCUGGUGGAACUUUGCUGCUUGCUGUUCCUAAUCCACUGAAUAAUGUCAGUAAAAUAUGAGUUGCCAAUAAAGACGAGUUUCGUAAACGGAGAUAAUUUUUUUAUCAAAAAUGUGCACAUUCGAGUUCAUGCAUCACAAAAAUAUGUUUGUGUUUGUUACUAUAUUAAAAAUAUUUUAAUAUUUGUGUCCCUUAAAUUAGAUAACUUA